GCACUUGCACAGCUCUAUGGAACUGGCGAAUGCACGGAUAGGAGGUGAACCGUGAAUUCAUCUAGUGCCAUUGAGUAUGUGCCAGCAACGAUCCACGUGUAAUCCAUCCAUUCCUAGGUAUUCCGUAUUUAAAAGGACAUCGGAGGAGGAUACAUCAAGUUUUUCCACGAUUCUCAUCACAGUUCUGCCCUCCUUCUCAUCCUCCUCCUCCUCCUCCUCCUCCUCCUUCCCCACCUUCAAUCCCUCCCUGUCACUGUUGUUAUUGGGAACAAUACACCAUCAGCACCAUCACGGGUUUCACAGCAGCACCAUCCACCUCGUCAGGACAGCAACAUCGAUAGUGAGUGACAGGAGGACAAUAUCAACUAUAACUAUUGAUGCAUAUAUAUAUAUAUAUAUAUAUUAUAUAUAUAUAUAUAUAUAUAUAUAUAUAUAUAUAUAUAUAUAUACUAUAUAU